AUGCUAGCCUGCUUACCGAGUUCUCUAUUUUUCGCUUGCACCUCUCUUCAACUGCUCGCCCCCACCAGCUGCGCCGGGUUCUUCAAGAGAUCGAUUCGACGGAAUCGGCAGUACACCUGCAAAUCGCGAAAUGGCUCGGAAUCUGGGUGUCGUGUUGACAAACCCCACAGGAACCAGUGUCGAGCUUGUCGACUGAAGAAGUGCCUGGAGGCGGGAAUGAAUCGCGACUCAAAGGCGUCACGAAAGAAAGAACAUCGCGAGGUUUCGCGAGCCGCUGGCACAGACAACUGCGGCACCUGUGGAGAGGCAGAAGUUGGGCUGGCCAAGGCGCCGGAGUUAACAGCAAUUUUUCCCACAGUGAAACCGUUUUUUGUUGUUGUUAUCAUCGCCCGGCCGCGUGGUGCCAAAUUCCCACGGCGGGGCCACCAGCCUGACAUGUCGUCUCCUCGCUCCAUGCCACAGGCCAUCGUGCAUUUCCAGUCAAUCAACUGCCUUUACUAA